AUGUCGACCAUAUCUCUGGAGUCUCCCGCCUACCUCAGCUCCCUCCAGAAUAACAUCCGAGCUCGGCCUAUACCGUGGGAGGGAGCUGUCCGAGCUGGUAACAUCACCGAUGAUCAUCUAAAGAAGAUCAAGGCGGUGGACAAGGUUCGCAAAGACCAGAGACGCCAGACUGUGGAGGCGGACAUUCCAGGCUACGUAAGCCUGCUCUCUGGAAGUCCUGACGCCAAGAGCGUUCUGGAUUCGGCUUCCAAGAGGACCGAUAUUGUACAGUAUAUACUAGUGCUGGCAGCGGACUUGAUCAAUGAUGUACCAGCCCUGCCGUCUGCCCUAAUCGCGCAUCCCGAUCCCUACAAGCCAUUCCUUCCCCUCUUGCGUCAUUCAACGAAUGCCGAGGAUCCCAUUCCGCUGCUCACUUCUACCUUUCUGACAAAUCUUGUCUCUAUUAGCCUUGCAUCCUCGUCUAAGUCUGCAGCGCGAGAUGAAGAGGCGCUUCCACAACUGUACACUUAUCUGUCCAGUUUGACCCAGAGCCAGGACAGUGGGUUGCAAGAUAUUGGGGUACAGGAGCUGUCGGCAUUGCUUCGCACAUCAAGGUCUCGGGAGAUCUUCUGGAAGCAGAGGAGAGAAACAGUUGACCCUUUAAUCAAGAUUCUACGUGCGGCGACCGGAGGCAAAGAUACCAGCUCCAGCACCGCGGCUGGCAGUUCGCGGGCGAUCGAGCCAGGUCUCUCCGGCGGUGUUGGGCUCCAACUCUUGUAUCGCGUUCUUCUUGUUCUCUGGCAGCUAAGUUUUGAAGGCGGAUUAAUUGGUGAUGACCUCCAAGCGGACUAUGAAUUCCUCCAGUUGUACACCUACCUUCUGCGCCUCUCGCCGAAAGAAAAGACAACGCGACUUCUUCUUGCCACUCUUAACAACCUUCUUUCUUCCAACCGUACGACUCUACUGCCGGUUGCGGUAUUUGUUCGCAUACCUGCCCUUCUUUCGAACCUCUCUGGUCGCCACCUGACCGAUCCCGAUCUUGUUGAAGACCUGAAGACUGUCUCGGACAUGCUGGAUGAGUACACCAAAACACAGACGACCUUUGAUCAGUACGCGGCAGAGCUGCAGUCAGGUCACCUCCGCUGGUCGCCGCCCCAUCGUAAUCCUACAUUCUGGAAGGAUAACGCCCGACGCAUCCUGGAUGAUGCUAACCUCCCUAAGAAGCUAGCUGAGAUCAUGUCAAAGGAGUGGGACAACGACAAGCAGGUUCUGGCGAUUGCCUGUAAUGAUGUGGGACACCUGGUCAAGGAGCUACCGGGACGACGGGCACAGCUGGAGAAGUUAGGAUUAAAGGCGCGAGUCAUGGAGCUGAUGGCCGACAAGGACGAGUCGUACUCACCCGGCGAAUUCAUCUACACUACGAAAGCUUCACCUCCCCCCCCUGAAUCUUUUGCCCUCACACGACCUGUCGAUCCGUUCUCCUCGUUGUCGUCAGACCAAAAGGCUCUCCUUCACCAUUUCCUCAACGAUGCCUCUCAAAUAACCGCCUGUCACUCGGGCAUGCAACGGGACAUCUGCCAGAUGCUCGUUCCCAUGGCCCUUCAGACUCCAUCUUUAUUAUAUGCGACGAUGGCUCUGUCAGCGAUCCACCUACAAGCGCUGCAUAACCAGUCCGAAAACGUCAAAUCGGCGCCCGAGAUAGCUCGGUUCAUGGCCCUCAGUUUGGAACAUUUUCGGGCGGAGCUUCAGGAUCCAGAUGUCAAGGGCUCGGAUGCGCUGUUAGCGACUGCGCGUACACUUUGUCUCGCAGAGAUCCAUUCGGGGGCCAUUCAUCCCAAUUCAUGGAGGGCCCAUAUUGAAGGGGCCAAAGCUCUGAUGGAUGCUUGUGAUACCCGAGGAGCGUUAUCGCCGCGGUCGUCGGAUGGGUUUAGGAGGUAUCUGGAUCGAUGGUACCGAUCAAUUGUUUCACUCACCGCGUUAACAGGCAACGGACCGCCCAUCGGGGAAGUUGCGGACCAGAAUAGCUUGAGUACCAACAACCAACAAGAUUCUCCGGAUUAUCUUGACGAUUACUGGGGGUUCACGGUCAAUCUCGCAGCGAUCUUUCGUGGGAUAGGGGCCGCCGCUUGGCGCAGCCAUCCGAACCGACAAGGCGACAUGGCGCAGGGGGACGAACUCAGUACCCACCACGAGGCCGCAGUCCUCGAAUCGUCAGUUCGGCGGUUGAUGGAUCAGAAAGCUAGCUCGCAGCCUGAAUUUUACCCAGGGGUGGUGGAAGGGCUGUCGAGCGAGUACGUUCGUCAGUUCAUCCUCUGCAAUGAAGCAUUCCAGCAUAGCGCACUCAUUCAAAUCCAUCGUCGGUUGCGGAAAAUGCCGGCAUCAUCGCCGGAGGUCCAGACAUCUGUCAAAAGGAUCUUGGAAUGCACAGCUCAGAUCGGACCCUCGGCAGGGCUUAGCCCAUGGACGAUGCUUACCACACCGUUAUUCAUUGCGGGCUGCGAGGCAGGGGGCGAAGACCGAGAAAAAGUCCGCCAAUUGCUCUCAUGUUUGCAUGACACGAUCCGAGUGCCGAAUGUGCUACAGUCUCUGCGAUUCUUAGAGCAAUACUGGGCGAGCCAAAUUGACGAGAAUGAAGGUUGGAGUCAGUUCCUUGAUCGAAUGAAAUUUGACUUUAUCCCCUAUUGAAAAGGGUUUGGGGGUAGGAUCAUGCUAUUUAUGUUCAGAAUGCCAAGAGAGCGCUUGGGAUGUUCAUGUUUCUAAUGAUUUUACGUGUAUAUCAGAUGACUACAAGAGCUGUGGCACCGGCUGACUUUUGUACAUCAUUGUUACG